GCAGCCCGUGCUACCACCUCACUAUCCUCUUUUCAUUCACUCCGCAGUUCCCUUUCACCUUAUCCUCAAUCGAGCUGCUUUUCCCCAACUGACACUUGUUGCUUGUUUUCGAGAGCAGGGGAAAUCGCUUGAACCACCAAACGACGUACGUCAAGCAGCCGCCUCGAUACCUCAUCGAACCUAUCUGUAUCCAUACCCAUACCCAUACCCGUCUCCUCUUAUCCCCUUUUUUUCUUUUCUUUUCUGGGUGGCGUCCAAGAACCCGUUCUUCGGCUCCGUGGAUUCCAUUGAAAUCCGGACGAGAGAGAUACGACAUCCCAUCCAUCCAUCCAUCUCACCCUUCACCCUCACCCUCACCCACUCGGUACCUGACCUGACCCGGUCUUUGCCUGACAACUGACCCUUGGUCCAACGUCUCUCUGGCUCUGGACUCUCGGCCUUACCUUUCCCUCCUGCCCCCCCUCUCAGGUUACCCCCAGUCUCUCUUCUCGGCCUUCUCCCCCCGUCAAAAAAGGGAUCCCCCCAAAAAACCGCCGAGUGACCUCGACUCUUUCUCCCACUACCCCCGACCCAAGUUUCUCACUCGAGUCGCGUUUUUUCCUUUUUCUGCGCGGCCACCCCAUCGCACCACGCAUCUCCGCAGAAAUACCUACACAAAUCCGCUCGGCUCAUAACCCGCACCGCAGCCAGUUCGUUUCGACAGGCCAAGCCUUCCCGCUUUCCGCUGCGAACAAACCACAACCACCACCACCACCCACCUGCUUCCGCUACGCUACCUUGUGCUUGUCUCCAAAAAAGACCAGCUUCUUUCCACCACCAAACCAUCCAUCCACCGCGCCCGCGCCGCCUGUCAAAAAAAUAGUCGCCGUCGACUAUUGACUAUUUGGGACAAAUCUUCAUUCAGUCUGUCCGCUAUCCGCUGUGGCUACCGACAAGCAACAAGUGCAUGUCAGGCACGGAAGCUCCAAAAGUCAAACAAAGCAAAUAAAAAAUUAAAUCAGCAAAUUCCUCGCUUCCGUUGGUCGGCAGGGGAGAAAAAAAACAAAAAAGGUACUACUACACACGCAACCGCGCUAUCAGUCGCCCGCGUAACCUACCCACCUACCUACCACCUACCACCUACCCUACCAACUCAACUCUCCUACCUGCCAUCUUUCUCAAUCAGUCAACCUUACCUGCCUUCCCACCUCCACCACACGCAAGGCACCGCAUCCGCUCCGCACCAGACUCGAUACAGGUUACCUCCCGUUCCGACCUGCCUCCUUCUGCGACAACAUCCAAGCUACACACAGCAAGAGCUCAUCCACCCUGAUCAAGUAUAGAUCAAUCGGCACCACGCUCAAAGCAGUUUCUCCACCGUUUUUUUACCUUUUACUGCCUUGUGAUACCAUCCAACACCCGCGCACUUGACCACAAUGGCCGACAUCACCGAUCAACACGACCAGACCUCGCCUACCGACCUCGACGAGUCGCAGGUUGGCAACGGCAGCGUCGCCGAGAACAGAGGCGUCAAGCGCCAACGUCCCAGCACCGCCGACGACGAUGAUGAUGAUGACGAGAAGGGCGGCCGCGAGCGUCGCAAGAUUGAGAUCAAGUUCAUCAACGACAAGUCUCGUCGCCACAUUACAUUUUCCAAGCGCAAGGCUGGUAUCAUGAAGAAGGCCUAUGAGCUUUCUGUCCUCACUGGCACCCAAGUGCUCCUCCUCGUUGUUUCCGAGACGGGUCUUGUCUACACCUUCACGACACCAAAGUUGCAACCUCUUGUCACCAAGGCUGAGGGCAAGAACUUGAUUCAGGCAUGUCUGAAUGCACCCGAGCCUUCCCAAGGCGGCGAGAAUGGCGUCGACGACUCGAACCAGGUUGACUCCCCCGAAGAGCCUCCCCAACAGCACCUGCCCCCUCAGGCUGGACGCCAGGGUAUGCCUCAAUCUCACAUGCCUCCUAACUACAUGUCCAACGUCGGCAUGGACCCUUCUCAGGCGCUCGCCUACCAGAGUUACGUCCAGCAACAACAACGGGGUGGUGGCUACGCUAUGCCGCCGCAGUCUGGUCUUCCCCAGCACACGUCGCAUCAGUCAUGAUCGCCAAAUUCAUCGUGACUUUUGCAUUUCCCGUUGAUACCAGACACACAUCCUGCAUCUCCCAGACCUCGGUCGCCGGCAUUCGUCAUUUCUUCACCCGGCGAUGAAGCUCUGGUAGUUUGGCGUUACAGUUCGGUGUUACUAAUUGCUGCAUCUCGUUCCACUACGUUCUCUUUUUAUUUCUCUUGAUCCCAAUUUCCCUUUUGCUAUUACGACUCCGCCGGUAUCUCACAACUUGGCCGUCCUUGGACUAUAAUCUUCAAGGAACACAGUUAUUGUGCGAUACCGUUAUCGCGGAGCGGAUUUUAAUGCUGUCUAGCUGGGGAAAACACGGGGGGACAUAACGAGAGACAUGGAGACACUGAGGAGCAUGCGAUCAGGAGACAUGGGGUAUGAGUGGCAUUACGGCGGCGGCGGUCUCAUUGAGCGCGGCACGUCUGUGCCUCGCGACAGGCGGCUUGCUGUCUGUGGACGCGAGUUUGUAUGGCAUCGUUGGCCAUUUAUCGUUUUCGUUCGUUUUUUCCUUCUUCUCCAGUGGCGGUAAGGGAGAGUUGUGUGGUUGGAGAAAGCUAUGUCUCGCGGAAACAGGGUGGGGGAAUUUCCGGCACGGGAGGGGGAAGGUUCUUUUUCAGCACGAGAGCACGACAUUCUCACGGCUGGGGCAGGCACAUCUUUUUGGAAUGGACUGUGAUGAUUUCAUUAAAGUCGAGGAUCAACGAGGGAACAGAGAGACGUCGCGCGACCAACUUGGUCCGCUCCAGAACCCGUAAUCUCUCACUACGCUGCUCUGCGAGGAAAUGUCUUUUGGGUUCUUUUUCUCCGUAGGACUCGGCACGAUACCCCCCGGCCCUGGGCACAUCAACAAAAAGCUACAUUCACACCGCACACUUUCCAUCCCUGUUCGCUGUCAUCGUUGUCGUUCUUGUCAGGCGCGCUCUUAGUCUGGGAUACAGGGGAAUAAGCAGGCACCUAGAGCCCGGGGAUGCGCCGGUUUAUGGGGAAAAGGAAGUGAUGAAGAACGGAGGAUGAUUUUCGAGAAUACGGAGAGGAUGAAAUGUCUCUAUACACCUUGUAUGAUAGUUAUAUCCGCGUGCGCGCCCCCCUUUUGCGAUUAUUGUUGCUCCUCCUUUUCCCCCGUCUUCGCACCAGAAAUUACCACUACUAGAAAGUCAGGACCUGACGAAUUGCAAAUGUUGUGAAAACGUUGCAGAAAAGAUUGUAAUUUACGCGCCGAUUUCUGUGAAGCAGUGCUAAUUUGAAAGUCUGCGAGAUUCGAUGCAUAGGAUGUGGUGGUGGUGGUCUCUCUAGACUCCUAGAGCAGUAAAUCCUAGGCAGCCAAAGAAAUUGAUACAGAUAGGUCGUACUAUUGACCAAUCAUGCUAGAAUUGAUCCGACGUGACAAGCGGUGGGUUGUUUCCGUCGAGUUCUAGGAGAGACUUUUCCUUUCCGUCGCUGACACAUUUUUCAGAUCUUCCUCCGCUCCCCGCGUCCGUCCGCCCGUCCUCGAACAAUUCCGUUUGCGGACUCGAACAAGCAAAACAAAAUUUAGACUCGGCUUUGGUUUGGUUUUGGUUCGGCAGUGCGCAGUUGUCCGUGGCGGCAUACGUAAAAGUGUGUGGUGUGCCGUCAUGGUGACAUGACAAGUGAUUGAACUCUAAAGCUGGAAUGCGAG